AUGGCGAUAGUAGCAGUGCUAUCGGUUACUCUGCUUAACUGGCUCUUGACGAUGAUUAUAUACUUCUUGGUUGACAUGGAGAAACACACUUCAUUCACUACGAAAGAAAUGUCUCUGAUGAAGAAGUUGUUCGUGGCCCAAUGGAUCAACACUGGCCUCAUUAUUCUGUUCGUCAAUGCGCAACUGCACGGCGUGACGGAGGACAUCCCAGUGUUCGGAACUACACUGAGAAUCGGCGAUGGCGAAUUUGACGACUUCACAUCGACUUGGUAUAAAGCAGUUGGUAUCGGUCUGGCCAUAACAAUUGCUGUUCAAAUCGCUUGGGAUGCUAUCCCGCCUCUGCUGAGUGGAACUGUGAAGCUGAUCAUGAUGCCAUUCGUCGGUAGAAAAAAGAAGACUCAAGAUGCGAUGAACCAAGUGUUCAAGUUGCCGGAUUUCAACCUGGCGUCGCGACUAGCACAAACAAUGAACGUGUUAUUUUGCGCGAUUAUGUAUUCUUCGAGCAUGCCGAUAUUGUUGUUCAUCGGCGCUCUAUACUGUUUAGUGGCUUAUUGGGCUGACAAGAUUUGCCUUCUUCGAUUGUCCGCAAGGCCACCGGCUUUUACCCAGGAUACUGUGAUCGGUGCAAUCAAGUUGUUACCCUUGGCAGCGCUACUGCAUUGUCUUUUGGCAUUCUGGAUGCUCGGAAAUCAGAACGUUUUCCCGAGUGAUUUCUUCACGGACGCCACUGAACAACGUUACAUUGAUCGCUAUAUGAGCGGUAGUAAUGCUAAGCGAUAUGAACAGAUCAUGUACAGCGGUGUUCCAAUGGAAGAGCUGCUGUUGGGCAAGCUAUUCUCAUCGGAAUCAUAG